CGGUAAUUGAUUUUCAGAAAUGUCCCCCCCUUUGGUCGGUUUUCGGUGUCUCCUAUCGCCGGUGUCAAGCGUCUCAAAAAAUAGCCAGCCUUAAUACGGUGUCAGUGUACCAGAACACGCUGAUCAUUUCUUAAUUGCCUGCACGAUAACGAGUGAAAGCCUGAAACUAUCUGUUUGCAAUUGAAAAACUGCAGCGGUGCUUUCUUUUACCGAUAGUCGUAUAAUUAAUAUUUUUAAUUAAUUGUGCAACAACUGUCAGCUUGUAUCGUGUAAUCGUGGAAUUAACUACGCUAGGAAAUAAAUGGAAGAGAAUCUCAUGAUACGUAAGAGCACCACGGAAUAUUUAAAAUAGUCCAACAAAUCGUCCCUAAAUUAUUGAAAAAUUCAAAAUUAAUGUCCCAGCGAGAAACCUACGACCGAUAAGAACUUGUAAAUGUGUCGUUGAGUGAUAUCGAUGAAUUUCAAGUGAUCGGUAAUUUCGUAUGACCUGUUAGUAUUGAAAAAUCUAGUUUUUCCUCUCGAGGGUCCUUUAAAAUAAUAAAACUCCCGAUAAAUACGUUCUGCGCUUUCUACCGUUCGUCGAUUUCAAACUUCGAUCGCCACGCUUUCCAUACUCUUCGAUACUCAGAAGCGCUUCCUGAAAAGAUAAGUAGCCGAAAACUUUUUUUUUCGUGGAGGGAACCUUCAUAGGCGCCCUCCGGGGAGAGGGCGUCGGGUAGUGCCGGAUUCGUACCGGCUAAAACCUCCAAGGUGAUCGUCUUGACGAUUGGUAGGAGAGCCCCGGGACCAUCUAAAGUAGCCGAAAACUGUUGCACGAUACUGUACGUUUUGUCUUGUGACUCCUUUUCGACACAAAAAAUAAGAGCGUUGCUGCAUUAAUUGGGAUUGAUUACAGUUUCUUUUUAUUCAUGACGUGUUUGAAUCUCGCGCAUAUCGAUGAAACGAUAACGAAGAGUGGUAGAAUUUUCGAUGAUAGAAAGUUGCUAUUUCGGAUGCUUUAUGUAAGGAUAAGCCGAUGCGAGUUCAUCGAUCAUAAAAUCUCUCUCUUACAGAAGGUCACGUUCAUCUUACGUUUCAGUGAUUUCUUCUCUUUAUCAUCUUGCUAUAUUUGCCUUGACUUAUAUUUGGAAUUUGGUCGAUCUCCGUUCGAUCAAGAAAAUAGGGCCGGUUAACUAAAAUUUUACACGAAAAUACGUCGAUUUUCUCAUCGCUUUAUUUAAACGAAUAUUAUUACUUCGCUCGAACAUGGAGGAUUUCUCGUGUUCAAUGAAAUGGAAAGGGACGAAUGUUUACGUACAGUUACGAAAGUGGAAAUGGAAGGAGUUAACGUCGUUGCUUUCAUCAUAAAAUACAAUAAUAUAGCUAUCAGGAGGCACGCGACAGAAAGAAAAUGCUUACUUGUCUCGAUAGUAGCUUUUUUUCACGACUUUUCUCCUUUUUUUUUUUGCAACAUUUUAUGCGACGUAAUGUUUCUUACUUGAAACGCAAGACGUACGGAGAAUUUCUGACAUGAAUAAACGUUUAGCGUAAUUAGAUUGCUAGUUUCGUCAUUCGCGUUUUACUUCCUAUCUCCUCCCACGUGCAUGUCAGGAGAAUUUUGCAUGCUUCGUGCAUAAGAGAAAGUUCACAAGGAAAAUUGAUCAUUCUUGGGAAAUCGGGGAAGCUAUUUUUAUUUGUUUCUUUUAUGUUCGAUCUUGUUGCCAUACAUGAGGAGGAAAUAAGAGACGGUAAUAGCGCAAGCAUAUACAGAGAAACAGCGAAUGCAGAGACUGAAAAGUUGCGAGUAAAUUUAAGAAUUGUGUUACAACGAAUUUUUGACAGCGCAGAGAGCAAUGGCAUAAGAAAUAUAGUUUUUCAAUAAGAAAGGAAAAUUGAUUCGUUUGCUAGAUGUCAUUUUACAAAUUUCUACGUAUGUGUAUUAAAUAUUACACAUACAUCGAAGACAGUGGGGAUUCGAGGCUGGAGCGAAAUUUACAAAAAUGAAAUUGUGGAAAAUUAAAAAAAUGAAAUUCGUUGAAAUUAUAAUCUCUCUGCUGGAACAAUUUAGAUAAAUCUAAAUAAAAACGAAAAUACGAUAAAGCAUGAUCUAAUUACCACGUUGUAUUUCAUCAUUCGAAUCUAAUCGAUUCGAGCAAUCUAUCCGGGAGACUUAUCCGAUUUACUCAACGGAUUUUCCUACAUCUUUGGAAAAUACAUAUGUUCAAUAUGUAUUUUCUAUUCAAUAUGUUCCACCGAUCAUCUCAAAUCAAUACAGCAAAGAUCCGGAGUUAGCCGAAUUACAAUUACAUUCCAAAUUUUAGAAUUUUUGAUUUUACAAUUUUGUCAAUCCAAAAUUUGAUAUAAAAUUUGCAGUUAUCCACACUGUAGAUGUUUAUGUUUUUAUGGGAAAUUUCGAGAUGCAGAAACACACAUAUUGGCAGUCUGACUGACGAUCGUACAUAGCAGGACUAUAAAUAUUUAAAGAAGAGAUAAAAUCGAAUUAUAAUUCGUAAAAAAGAAAAGAAAAAAGCUAGUAAAUAUGAAGUUAUGAUUUAUGAAGUUACGAUUAGCAAAAGCCGGCAGAAAUUUAAUGGAAUUUCUUACGUGGCUUAGAAUAUGUCGAUUUGAGAUUUGUAACCGUACGAUACGAAAGAAACGGAAGAGAGAUAGCGAGUAUGCUAAUUAAACGAACAUCGGAUCAGAUGAUCACGACGCGAUGUCCUCGACCAUUCAUCGCACGCGCCAGUCUUACCAAAUGUAACAUUGUAAAAUGUAAUCAAAGUAUACGCGCACCGAGCCCAGAUAACAAAUUAUUUCGUACAUGUUUCUUCUACGAAUGGUCCAGCUGGGCGAUAAAAAGUUACGAAAUAUGAACAAAUAAAAAUUAUUCAGUUAUUACGUCAACGUAAAUAUUAUUGCUCAUCGUUGUGCUUCUUCUAGAUUAUUUGCUGACUUUUUGGAGGUAGCCACGAUCGUGUUUUCUAAACCGUGAUUAUAGUUCUUUCAAUAUGAGACUACUUCUUCUCUUUCAUUUUUCGGUAUAAGAACCGAAUUAAAAACUUUGAUAAUUUUUCUCGUUAAGACUCUUUUAUCCUCGUUGUCUUUUUUUCUUAUGUUUGUAAAAAUACUCGACUGUUGAACUUUUCCUGUUCAAUGCACGCGCAAAUAAUACCAACAAAACAGGAAUGAGAUUAAAACGAAAAUUUCGAUUACCUCUCCUUGGACUCUUCCAUGAUUUCCUUCCGAUCUCUAUUCGUCAUUCAUAUCUCGUCAUUUCUUCGUACCUCAAAUAUUUCUUGAUAUUUCAUAAACGAUUUCUCUUAUUAUUUAUUCGUAUUAUUUACGAUCUACUAUUUUGUUAUCUGAUUGUUAGACUGCAGCCAUUUGCACGAAUAGAUAUUUGCACGAAUAUUUCUACGAAGCUAACCAAGGAAGUGGCCUGCAACCAGAUAUUUGUUUCACUUACAUUGUUCAUUGUAAUCGGUACUAUAGUUUCAAUACUUAAUACGUAAAUUAUUUCUUUGAAGUUCUCGUUAGUGCAGGACCUAUUUAUUCUUAUCUCUCCAUUCUCUAACCACUAAACCCAUCACCACCCUCUCGAACCUGCCCAAUACACGAAAGCUCUCUUUUCUCGAACUCUUUACUCCCCGCAUUCAGCAUAUAAGCUCUCAUUACUGAAACCUCGAAACUUGGGAAGAAUCUCGAAGAAAAAAGAAGAAGAGCAUCGCGCCUCGUUCAACUUCCGAACGCACGUUCGUAGCAUUUUAUCCACUGGCAACUGCCAAACAGCAAGAGACACAAAUAACAGGGACGAGAUCAACGAACGCUGAUCUACCCCAUUGCUCAGGCUGCAUCAUCCGUCCGGUCAAAAAUAGAAGAGAACGCUCGGUGAAAACAAAGUUUCGGACCAAACAUUUGAAAGUGUCGGAGCGAUAGCGACGUGGACGUUUUUCGCAAUUCAGUCUCCUCCCCUUUGAAGAUAGGGCGGAGGAGUCGUGCGUCGAACGAAAUCGGUCGUCGGUUUUACGUUGCGAGAUAACGAAAAGCAACACAUAGCCAGGCUAAUCAGAAAUUCUCUUUGAUUGUGCAACUUUGGAGGCCCGUUCCUCGCCAAUGUGUAAUACAUCAAUGACAUAUACGUAUAUAUAAUGUACGUCUUCAAAUCUGCCUCAUACUUCACUAACACAGCGACGAUAGUCAAGUCUCGUUACAGCGCCAAUGAAAGUUCAAAAUGUUUUACGUAAUACAUGCAAUGCGUGCAUGAAGAUUUUCAGUUAUGUAAGAGAGGAUUAAUACGGCUACCUUCGAUGCCUCGCGAGAGAGACUGUUGGAGCAUUUUUUGUGAAUAUAUCACGUUUUAUAGGGAACAUCUUGAAUUUUCAUUAGCGCUGCAAUGAAACUCGAAUAUGGUGAUAAUAUCGGUAAAGUUUAAAAGAAAUCUGAAGAUGUACGUAAAAGCUAUUGUGUGAUAUCUAGUGCGAGAGAUCGUCAAAGUAUUUGAACAGUCAAUUAGUCGUCGUAUUAACGAAUCACGUUAUUCAUAUUCAGUAUUAUAUUCGAUAUUAUAUGGCUAUACACAGUAGGAUCAUUCUUAACAUUUAUUAUAUGUUUACUCUUUGCUAAUUUCUUAUGAAAGUUUUGUAAUAAAUAUCUUGUAACUUCUAUAUACAUUUCCAGAUUGGUUUCAAAUUUUUCCGAUAUGAUCAUGCCACUCGCUAUCUCGUUAUAAGAUUCGUAUGAAAUACGCAUAACAUAUUUAUAAAAAUUUUCUAUGGCAUGCGUUCAAAUACUUUUAUGAGCUAAAGAGUUUGCUGUACUGCGCAGUAAGACGAAGUUGCGAAAUCAGCCACCCACGCGAUCUGUAUGUGCGUAUUUAUGAAAUAAUUUCAUAUCUAUCGGACCAAUCACGCUCGCCACGGAUGAACUACUGCACGAAGAGCGACCAUACGAAGCCAAUCAGAACGAUGGUCGACAACUGCAAUCCAGUGACUUGUCCUACGUUCCGCUUUCCUUUCGCGAAAUUUCCGUUUCCGCGAACGUUUGAUACGAACGUUUCAGGUCGAGUGCUUCAUGAAGACGUGAUAGAGCAAUCACGCGUUGACUCGUGAUGGGGAGAGUUUUCCUUGUUCCAUUUCAACCGAGUUUCGUGAGUCACGCGCAAAGAGAGUUUCUUUCUCCGAUCGGUUUUUUUAGUUAAAUAAAAUGAUUGGCAUUGUGGAAGUAGUUGGGACUUUUAAUUGGAAAGCUUGCAAGAUUUUGUCAGAUUGCAAUUGAGAUCGUAACUUUCGACAAGUUAUAAAGCUAUAUCUUUAAGUUGGUAGGUAUUUAAAUUCUGAAUUUUUUCUGAAUUCUGAAGUUAAGGAUAUUACGUAUUCGAAGGCAAAUGACUUGAAUAGUAAGGACGAAUAUCGAAGUUUAAAAAAAUAUUUCAAGCCAAGAAAAUAACAGAUUCACCGAUGCAUUCACUUCAGAGUUUAGUUUCUACUAUUUGAAGCAGCAAUAUUUCAUCUACCGGUUUAUUCUAGAAGGUUGACAAAAGUGGUCUUUUGAGAGAAACGAGGGUCCCGAUCGGAUCUGCUUAGAACAGAUAGACUUAUUCCACUAACUCCACUGUCAGUAGUACGAGUCGUCUUUAGUCAGACCAUCGAACAGGAAAUAUUCCCAAAAUAAAGCAGUCAUUCGACGUACAGUUCGAAUAAAUAUCGAAAUAACCUCGUUUACCGACAGCAUGGAAUAAUUCACCUAAAGUUUCUCCAGAGGGAGCUCAGAUGCGUAUUUUUAAUUAAUUUACCAAGGCGUCUAAGACGAUCUACCCGGAUUUCCCGAUGAGUAACAACGUCAGCAAAGCUUAUAACGCGAAACUCCCGGACUAUCCCGCUGGCUGUUUCUCCUCUAUGAUCAGUGACGUGAAAGACCUCGUGACAAGAGUGGAAAUCACCGGCUUGCCUUCGAUGGAAUCAUGACUUAUGUGAUUAAUGAGAUAUAGGAUAGUCUACGAUAAAUUGACACCGUUAUUUACCUGUUGCUGCACUCGUAUUCUAGAUACAUACGACGUGCAAGAUAAGCGACCAUCCGUUUCUCGUUCAAUGGUUUUCCGACGAUUCUAAGCAGGCAUCACGAUUAUGGUGUCGAUAAUCGUUCGAAAUUUCAAGUGGGAUUAGUCACCAAUAAUGAUAAUACAUUUUAUCGGUGAUAAUCAAAUGUUUAAUACGUUGGCUAUCAUUAUACGUUGCCUAUAACAGUAUAUAUCAGGAAUAUCUGAUAGAUUCGAGAUAAGUUUGGCUGCGUUUGGAAAUUUUAUUUGUCCAUUGUAUUCAAUGAAUCAUGCACAUCGUAAUUCUUGCCAGAAGAAAUCUAUUGCCGAUGAUUAUUAAGCGAACAUUUAUAAAGGUGAAGGAACGAAGGAAGAGAGAGAGGAAAAUUUCGAGAAACUGGCAAGUUACGUACGGGAGGCUUACCAAUCGUAAGGAAGCUUACAAUCAGCGGAUUUGCGCGGAAUGUGGAAAAACAAUAUUUAUAUCGGGCGAAACGUGGGCAAGAGACUGUUCGACGAAGAUACUCGUACGAAAUAUUAUUCGAACGAGGGCCUACGUGAUUUCGAGUACGUGCUCAUCGAUUCGUAGCGAAGGUGUAAGACUGUGAAACUUGUAGACUGGCAGAGACGCCGAUCGACGGCCUACGUUGCCUCUCUUCUGCCGAAGAAUCGAGCGAAUGAGGAGAAUCGAAAAGAAGGACGGUUUUAUUCGACUAACGUGUUACCCGAUAUCGAAACUACUAAUUUCUAAUUAAUUACGUAAGACAGAGGGUCCUAUAAUAUGGGUACAAUGAAUACAGAAAUCAAUGAAAAUGAGAUUAACAAAAGAUUGAACAAGGUGAAUUCCAUCGAGGAAUUCUACGCUGGUACCGGCGUCCUUGUCACCGGAGCGACAGGUUUCGUGGGGAAAGGUCUCCUGGAAAAAUUGAUGCGCGUUUGUCCGCGUGUCACCGUCAUCUUCUUACUGAUCCGCCCGAAAAGUAACCAAACGAUAGAGCAACGAUUUAAGAAGCUCAUAAACGAUCCCAUCUACGAUGACGUGAGAGCGAAAUAUCCCUCGGUUCUCGGUAGAGUACAGCCCGUAAGGGGUGACGUGAGCCUGCCGAAUCUAGGUCUCUCGCCGGAAGACAGGAAUCUGUUGCUGAAGAAAGUGAACAUAGUGUUCCAUAUCGCUGCCACGGUAAGAUUCAACGAGCCGCUGAGCGCGGCUGUUAAUAUGAAUACGAAAGGCACUGCCCGUAUCAUCGAACUGUGUAAGGAACUGAAACACGUAAUCAGCAUCGUCCACGUUAGCACAGCUUACAGCAAUGCGAAUCUACCGCAAAUCGAGGAGAAAGUAUACAGCACGAGUUUGGAACCUUCUACGGUGAUCAACAUGUGCGACAAACUGGACAUCGAAUUGAUCAACAUGUUAGAGAAAAAGAUCUUGGAAACUCAUCCGAACACGUACACGUUUACGAAGAAUCUAGCAGAGCAGAUUGUAGCUAGCGACAGCAAAGGUUUGCCAGUUGCGAUAGUACGGCCAAGUAUAAUCGGUGCCUCGCUGGAAGAACCGUGUCCUGGCUGGCUAGAGAAUAUCUUUGGAGUUACAAACAUCUUUCUGCAAAUCAGCAAAGGUUCUGCGAAAGCUAUAUGGGGCAGGAAGGACGCGAGAUUGGAUUUAGUGCCUGUGGAUUUCGUAGUCGACACGAUAAUGUGCGCCGCGUGGCACGUCACGCUACAUCAUCGCGAUAAUGAAGUUAAGGUUUACAACUGCACGAGUAACGCGUACCCUUUCAAAUGGGGUCAGAUGAAAGAUGCCAUCGUGAAAUGUAGCAUAGAAACGCCGCUAAAUGGUACGCUAUGGUACCCGGGUUGUCCGAUGGUAGCUAACAGAUAUAUUUACAACGCUCUACACCUAAUCCUGCACGUUCUGCCUGCGUUCGUCAUAGACAUCUUUUUAAGAUUUCGCGGUAAUAAACCAAUAAUGAUGAAAAUUGUCAAAUAUUGCUAUCAACUCGUAACAGUGACAGCGUAUUUUACCAUGCACGAAUGGACCUUCCAAAGGGAUAACAUUACCGACAUGGUAAAGAAAGUGAAAAUGUUAAAAGACGGCAAUGUCGUGAAACUAGACUUGCAGGAUAUGAAUUGGGAGAAAUAUAUCGCAACAUACAUGAUGGGAAUUAAGAAAUUCAUUCUGAAAGAAGAUCUUGAAUCUAUGGAUGCUGCCAGACAACGAUUAUCAAAGUUGUACUGGAUACAUCAGACAACUCAAAUAUCCGCUAUAAGCUUUUUACUAUGGAUAAUAUUACGCGUUACGUACUGAUCGUUCGAACGUUAUUUCUUCUACUUUCUUUUUUUUAUUUAAUUCUUUACAUUCACAAUUUGUCCAAUUUGGACAUUUGGUAGAAUUUUUUAGCUGUUUGAUUAUCAUGUGAGUGGCUACCACCAGCGGGAUACCAUCUUCAUGUUUGUUAGGUUAUAUCCUUUGUAACCUUCUACUUAAAUGAAAAAAAAGUAAAUAAGAUUUUAUGAAAAAAGGAAUCAUCAUCCGUUUCAUUUAUAGUCAGGUCACUUCUUUUAUAGUACUGCUUGUUUUGUCUAUAAAAUUUUAAUAAGGAUAUAUGUAUUUAUAUGCAUACGCUUUGAAAUUUGUAAACAAUUCAUACAUGACAAUUUCUAUACUUCAUGCCGUUUGUUGUACAAUAUUUGCGAAUUCUUCAAAAUACCUUUGAAUACACGUAUCUUCGAAGAUCCUUCCAUUAAAUUAAAACACAAAAUAAAAUGUGCUGAAAUAUUUAAUUAUUAAUUUGUUCGCAAAGAUUCUACGUCAUGCCUUUGUGUAACGCUAAGCAACAAAACAUAAUUAUAUAGGGAAAAAUAAUAAUAUGUGCAACUAAUAUUUUGUAUAUUAUAUCUAUUCGCGAAAUAUAAACAUUUUUC